AUGGACGUAAAAUCUUUAGCAAAAUCAAAGCGAGAUCACACACGACAACACAACAAAAAGUAUCACGGAAAUCAAAAGCUCAAAGUUCAAUCACAGUCUUCGGUUUCUUCUUCAGUCCCAACCCAAAAAGACGACGCAAAAGAGCCAUUUGCAAAGCAACAAGUAGUUGAGAAGAAAACUACUCGCUCUCGUUCUCAGGGCUCUUCUUUACUUCCCGGAAAUUGGGACCGGUAUGAAGAAGAUGAUUCGGAUUCUGUUCCUGAAAGUUCAAGCAAAACCCUAGAUGUUGUUGUCCCCAAAAGUAAGGGCGCUGAUUUUCGUCAUCUUGUUGCUGAGGCUCAGUCUCAUGCAGAUAAAACUCUAGACGACUUCAACGAAUCUCUUCCUUGGGAGUUUGGUGUGGGAUUAAGCUCUAUACUUUCAGUUAGAGGAGAGGGCAUUGUCUCAUGGGAGGGAGAUGAUAAUUUUGUUGUACAGGAUAAGACUAUUGGAAAUCAGGAGGCAUCGAUGAUUUCCUUGAAUUUGCUUGCUAUCGCUCAAAAGCUUGCAAAAGUUGACUUAUCUAAGAGAUUAUUUAUUGAGCCUGACCUGUUGCCCUCUGAGUUGCGUGUGGAAGACUUGGCAGUAGGCAGCAAUGAAGAACCUGAACCUGACAAACAGGAAACUGCAGUGGACCAUGAGCUAGCUAAGAAGAUGUCUAAAGAAUUAAAUAUAGAUGAUUUUGCAGCAGAUCAGUUUACAUCAUCUAGUUCAUGUAGUAGCAGCCAUACCGCUUCUAUAUCUGCCUUGUCCGAUAACACUCUCGUUCCUGUGAACAAUGUAGGGAAACACACAACAUUUGAGGCAGCUGCUGAAUUAGAACUGGAUAUGCUUCUAGAUACGCUUGAUGAGUCCAAGUCUAAUGCUUCAUUUACUGCUCCGUUUGGAGUCUCUUCAAUUAAAGAACCAGUUUCAACCAGAAUUGCAUCAAUUACUGCUAGUCUAGAUGAUGCACUUGACGACUUGCUAGAGGAAACAUCCACUUUGAUGAAGCCAAAUGUUUUAUCAAGGCCACCAGAAGAAAAGACUGUCAACCCCAGUAUGCUCUCUUCACAAUCCCAAAACAUGUCAAAAGUUGCAGAUGAUUUUGAUUCAUGGUUUGAUACACUUUGA